AUGUUGCUUCUUGCCACGGCUAUUGCGCGAGGUCCACUCUUCCGAGCGGAUGCGUGCGAGGAGAAGGCCGCAGAGGCCAAGCUUUUCCUGACGUUUCAGUCUGACAGGCUUGCUCGGCGAAAUGGAGAAAACCAAGAGGCCGUCACAGUUUGUUUGUUGCUUUCUACUGUCCUCUGCAUCAGGCGCAACCGCCCUCUAGAGAAAGGCGACCCGGCCACCGCUGCGCAGAAGCGAGCCGCGUGGGUCUCGGUUCCCUUCUUUGCGCUCUGGCUGGAUUCUUUCUGCUGGUCGUUACCUCGUCAGGCCAACGCCGCGGACCCGGCUUCUGUGUAG